AUUUGUAAUUUUUUGGUUAUAGUCACAGGGCAAGGGGGAAAGUGAAACAAGUCAAACGAAAUCAACCGUAGAUAAGCCUAGUGGAACGUAACUAAACACGGCGAAUGACACAACAAUAAUUAAUUCACGACGCUAAUCGAAUUAGGAACGUAACUACCAAACCGAAAAGACUGCAGCCGUGCGUACAAAUGGCUGGCCAACUUCAGACGAUCGCUUCGCUAGCAUUGAUUCUUGCCGCAGUCUGCUUGUUGAGCAGCUUCUUCGUCGCCGCCGAAGAGGAUGACUUUGAUGAUUUGCCCGUGUCCAAGUUGAGCUCGAAUGCUGGCGUUCCAACACUUAAAUUUUAUUACUGUUAUUCUUGUGGGUAUAGAAGAGCUUAUGAAGAGUAUGUAAACAUCCUGCAGGAUCGGUAUCCAUAUUUGAUGGUAGAUGGAAAGAACUUUGAUCCUCCUGGAUUAAAUAUGUUGAUAGCUAGAGUUUUGGGUUUACUAAAAAUGGUGUUAAUUAUAUGUAUUCUUGGCAGUAUCAAUUUGUUUGCCUACAUUAACUUAGCACCUCCAUCUUGGUGGGUCUGGUGUUUAGACAACAAGCUGUAUGCUUGUUUAAUGUUGUUUUUCCUCUGCAAUUUAUUUGAAGGGCAGUUAAUUCAAUCUGGUGCUUUUGAGAUUAUGUUUAAUGACAUACCUGUGUGGUCCAAGCUUGAAACUGGCAGAAUACCCCAGCCAAAUGAACUCUUUCAAAUUAUUGAUUCACACAUGAAGCUCCCAGAUAAUAUUCUUGAUAUUGGGAAGAACAAACUUAUUUAAUCACACAUUCUUGCAUUCAUCUAAAUAUCACAUUUACUUCGGAAUUCUAAUUCAUGUUAUUUGAGUUUAAACAUUUGAACUUCAGAUUGUAUCACACUGUGCUGUUGCAAAUUGUUUCAUUUGUCUGAAAUAAUAUGAAAUGUUAUACAUUGUAAUUGGACGUACAUUUACUUACGAUUGUCUUAGUUCAUUGACGAAUUGUAAUGCGAAGAACAUUCAAAACUGGCGUUUGUUAUUGUGUGUUCAUGUUUUGGAAAUGUGUGUGAUUCGUCGUUUUGUAUAUUGAUAACUGCAAGGAUUAAAGACCACAAAAAGUAAAUUUACAUUGAUGUCUAAGUUAGCAAUAAUGUGAUAUUGAGAAAUAAAAGGUAAUUAUAGGAAA